GGCCCGGCGCGGCCCAUGGACCGGCACAAAGUGAAGCGGCAGCGGCUGGACCGGAUUUGCGAAGGCAUUCGCCCUCCGAUUGUGAAUGGCCCCAUGCCGGCUCGCCCGCUGGUUGCGCUCUUGGACGGAAGGGAUUGCACUGUGGAGAUGCCCAUCUUGAAGGACGUUGCUACGGUGGCAUUCUGUGAUGCCCAGUCAACUCAGGAAAUCCAUGAAAAGGUGCUGAAUGAGGCAGUAGGCGCUCUGAUGUAUCACACCAUUACCCUCUCUCGUCAGGAUCUAGAGAAGUUCAAAGCCCUCAGGGUCAUUGUGCGCAUUGGCAGUGGCUACGAUAAUGUGGACAUUAAAUCAGCUGCAGAGUUAGGCAUUGCAGUUUGCAACAUCCCUUCCUCCUCAGUAGAGGAAACUGCUGACUCCACUCUUUGUCACAUCUUGAACCUCUAUCGCCGUGUUACGUGGCUACAUCAGGCUAUGCGGGAAGGGAAUCGAGCCUCGAGUGUAGAACAGAUUCGAGAAGUGGCUGGAGGUGCUGUGCGUAUCCGUGGGGAGACUUUGGGCAUCAUUGGACUUGGCCGAGUUGGACAGGCAGUGGCUCUGCGAGCCAAGUCCUUUGGCUUCAACGUGAUUUUCUAUGAUCCAUAUCUGCCGGAUGGAGUGGAGCGAUCCUUGGGUUUACAGCGAGUAGGAACCCUGCAGGAUCUACUAAUGCACAGCGAUUGCAUCACAUUGCACUGCAGCCUGAAUGAACAUAACCAUCACCUCAUCAAUGACUUCACUAUUAAACAGAUGCGCCAAGGCUGCUUCUUGGUGAACACAGCCCGAGGAGGGUUGGUAGACGAGAAAGCCUUAGCACAAGCCUUGAAGGAGGGGAGAAUCAGAGGAACAGCGUUGGAUGUACAUGAGUCCGAGCCUUUCAGCUUUGCUCAGGGGCCCUUAAAAGAUGCACCCAAUGUGAUCUGCACCCCUCACACAGCCUGGUACAGUGAGCAGGCUUCCAUUGAAUCCAGAGAAGAUGCAGCAAAAGAGAUCCGCAGAGCUAUUACAGGUCACAUACCUGAUGCUUUGAGGAACUGUGUUAAUAAAGAGUAUUUGCUGUUAGCAGCUCAAUGGUCUGGUAUUGAUCCUGCGACUGUCCACCCUGAACUCAAUGGUGCUGCAGCUUACAGGUUUCCUCCAGGAGUAGUGGGGGUAGCAACCCCUGGGCUGCCGGAACCACCAGUCGUGGAGGGGAUUGUAGCUCAUGGGAUCCCUUCUGUUUCUCAUUCUGCUCCACGUACCCCUUCCCCAGGAGAGACGAGCAAACUGGAUGCAGACAGAGAGAUUCCUGCUGACCAGUAGCAACCUCUCCUCUUUUCUGGCAACAAAAAAGAAUGGGGGGGUAUAUCCUCCUAGGACUUUUUAACACCCUACAGAGACCAUUUCCUGUUCAUACAGGACAGGAGAAUGCAUUUCAUUACUGGCAAACUUUAGCUCUUGCCUUUAUUUUGUAACCUGUUUAGUUUUAAUCUCUUGAUGAAUCUUUCUCCUUCUCUGGGGCAGGACAGCAGUGACCUUGCCUCUCCUUGGAAAUACUUGGUUUAACCAAUGUGAUUUCCCAUAUAUCUGCCUCAGUUGUCUGUAACAGGGAACUGUCCUCGUGCACUUGAACUGAGGAGAGGUGGAGCUGAGAGAGGUACUAACAGCCAGACAUCAGUGCACGUUUUUCAGUUGUGAUGUGUAGCAGCUUAAGAUUCUUUUGGCUAAAUCUCUUGAAGUGUAAGCACAGGGAACAUUAAGACAAGAUUAGUGAACCGGAGAGGUUAUGAAUACUGUCUGUAUUCUGCCCUAUACAAAAGGUUCAGCUCUCCUUUACCUUGCUCAUUAACCUCAGUAAGGUUUUUGUGAGAACAGGUAUGGUGCAGGCAUUCCUAGUUCUUUAUCAUAUGAAGUUUUGUCUAUGCAGUAUUAGGCCUGAAAGUAAAAGAGGAAAUAGUGACAGCCUCACAUUCACUCUUGUAAAUGAUUUGGAAAUGGUUACAGUGUCCUCAGAUAUGUUUUGGUGCCAUGUGUAUUUGUGAGGCUUCAGAAGCGCCCACCCUGGGGUCUUGUGUACCUCAGAAAGCAAGAGAAUGCAGAAAUAGGAGAAACUUGUACCAGAAGGAUAGCAAGUAGCAAUAAUUUGCAGUUGUAAUCACUGAUUCCUCGUACACAGUACCUCACAGUCUAAUAAUGCUGUUUAUCUACAAGAUAACUAUUAUGUUAUCUCUGCUACAGAAUUUCACUGAUGUAACUGCAUCAACUAGAAGUACCACACCAGCACUGGUGAUUGUCUGUGCUGAUGAAGAAGGCAGCUUUUAACAGUUGACCAAAUUGUUUUAGGUAGUGUAUUUCUGCUAGCAUAUACUGCAUCUACAAUGAUGGACUGUGCCACCAGAGCAAGACAGAGCUUUUUCUUUUUAAUAUGGGCAAGCCCUGCAAUAUGAAGGGAGAAAGAGAGCAGAGUUAGCUUAUCACCUGAGAGCAAGGCAGAAGUGUUUCUUUCAAGGCUUUUCCACUUUUUUUACCAAAUGGUUGAGUGUGUACCACUUCUUUGAGGGUGUUGGAGUCUGUGGCAUAAUGAGUUCCACUGGAGAGGAUUUUUCUUAAUUCUAAAUCUUCUCCUAAUUUUAUCUUUAGUUAUGGACUUCCCAUGCACAGUGAAUUGACAGUUCUCUUGAGAUGCAACAUCUCCUGAUUGAUUUCUCUUGCUCAGGUAUAUUAAAAAAAGUUGCUGUUUCAGAGGUACGUACUGUGUGUGGACCUGUCUGCCUUUUCUCCCUCUUUUUGUGCGUCUCUUGGAGCUGAACAGCUGGGAACAGAGUGGGAAUGCAACUUGAUGAACAGUUCUGAUAUUGGAAGUGUCUAUUGAUAGAACUGCAUAAGAUUCAGUGAGGGGUGGACAAAAUCAUGAUUAAGCUGUUCACAGUUUGUGAAAGUGAACAAAGCUUUUAGACUAAGUUUUCAGGCUUUUUUUUUUUUUCGUUAAUGAUUUUAAGUUAUUCUUCAAUCCUGUCUUCAUAUAUUGGCUUAYUGUGUAACUUCCUGCUGAUACGGUAAGGUGAUAGAUUAUGUCUCCACCAGCCUCCUUGGCAAGUCAAGGAAAGAAAACAGGCAGGACGUAAACUUCAGGUGUUUUUCUUGUGAAUUUUUAACUGUUUAGCGCUAAUGAGAUGAUGUUAGUUCUGUAGUACUGAGUGUCUUUUUUGAUAAGGAUUUGUAUUGGUACCGGCUUUUGGGUUUUACGUUUUCCUGAAUGAUGCUGAUUCUAUUUAAAAUUCAUGUACCUCCUUGGCUGCUCAUCUUUAGCAGGCAAGACUAGGAAUUCAUGGUAGGCACUAGCUGGGAGAAAUUUUUGAGCAGAAGCCYGAAGCUCAGAGCACUUCAUUUGGAGCUGUACCUGCAAUAACCAGUAGCAUUUUGUCUUAGUUCACUGUCUCAAGAAAUCCAAAUUUAACAAGCUACUGGGUCAGAAGGGUGUUUUCAUAGGCUGAUGAGAAAAAUAUUUCUUUAGGACCUGAGAGCUGAUUUUCUUUCUAUUACUGUAGUAGGGAAGCAGUCUGUCAGUAACUGCUGUUUUAUUUGCUACUGAAAAUUUAUGCCCUCCUUAGAGGUUCAAGUAUGUACAUUAUUUUGUGGUAAGGGGCUUCUAGUUAUGAACUUUAUAAAUGCAGAGGCUCAGAGUCCGUUAAUCUUGUCUCUUCUAGAGCAGAAUGCAAGAUGCAUUUUAAGAAGCAGCAUUUUUUUUCCCAACUGUAAGUAUUGCUGAAGACCUGUCUAGUAACUUCUCUGAGCAGAAGAGAAGUGGAGAAGAUCUCAUCUGGGGGACACUGAGUUUCUCAAUUCUUAUAUUUGAUGACUAGAUAAACUACUGAUUUGUAAGGACAGGACAAAAUAAAUUUUGUCAUAAGAAAUAUUUCUAACUGUGGAUAAGGAGGAAUUCAGCCUGACAGCACUCAUAAUGGUGGCUGUUUUAUCCAAUACCAUGUAGACUUCUGAUCAGAUAUGAAAGCAGCUUCUCACUUGAUUAAAGCCACAGCAGAAGAUGCUGAGAUAAAACUUUGUUCAAUCUGUAACUCCACCUCAAAGAAGGGCUCUAGUCUUAAUGGCAUUAGUACUUCUGAUUAACAUUGUAGACUGAACUUGCUACCACAGAGAGCAGGGCUGUUCUGAACAGAUUGCUCGAAGAAAAACUUAGCAAUUUUAAAGUACUGUGUGGUCUUUCCCAUCCCCUGAGUGCCAAAUCCUUUGAUAGCACCAUCUCCUGU